GCCAACUUCACUUUUUUCUCUUAAUCUCUAUUGAAUUUCUAAUGAUACGAUUGCUAUUUUUUUAAACAGUCUGCAGAACAUAACGCAAAAGACAAAAUAAUGUGUAACAAUGAUAAAGCGAAAACAAGUAUUUGUGAAUUAAUUAUUAUGUGAUUAUCUAUUUUCUAGAUAUUAUAGUUAUCUAUGUCUAUGGUUUGCAGUUGUUUGAAUAUUUAUCCACGGUAACCAAGUUUGAUCGAAGUAGAUUGGAGUUAACAAAAGUGAUUUAAAGGGUGUGAAGUAAAUAUGAAAAUCGAAGAAGUAAAAAGUACUGUAAAAACUCAAAGAAUUAGUGCUCAUAGUCAUAUAAAAGGUUUAGGUUUAGAUGAGAAUGGUUACGCUAUUCAAAUGGCGGCAGGUUUGGUAGGGCAAGAAGCCGCAAGAGAGGCUGCUGGUAUUGUAGUUGAUAUGAUUAGAAGUAAAAAAAUGGCAGGAAGGGCUAUAUUACUGGCAGGUCCUCCAGGUACCGGCAAAACUGCUAUUGCAUUAGCGAUUGCUCAGGAAUUAGGCAAUAAGGUACCGUUUUGUCCCAUGGUUGGGUCAGAAGUGUACAGUUCUGAGAUUAAAAAAACGGAAGUUUUGAUGGAAAAUUUUCGACGUGCCAUAGGUUUAAGAAUUCGAGAAACUAAAGAGGUUUAUGAAGGAGAGGUAACUGAACUUACCCCAGUUGAGACAGAAAACCUUACAGGAGGAUAUGGAAAAACUGUAAGUCAUAUUAUAAUUGGCUUAAGAACAGCCAAAGGAAGUAAGCAAUUAAAAUUGGACCCCAGUAUUUAUGAAUCUCUCCAAAAAGAAAAGGUAGAAGUAGGUGAUGUUAUUUACAUAGAAGCUAACAGUGGAGCUGUGAAAAGACAAGGGAGAUCUGAUGCUUUUGCUACAGAAUUUGAUUUGGAAGCUGAAGAAUAUGUACCAUUACCAAAGGGAGAUGUUCAUAAAAAGAAAGAAGUUGUUCAGGAUGUCACAUUGCAUGAUUUAGAUGCAGCAAAUGCUAGACCUCAAGGAGGCCAAGAUGUUCUCUCAAUGAUGGGCCAACUUUUAAAGCCAAAGAAAACAGAAAUAACUGACAAACUUAGACGAGAGAUAAACAAAGUUGUUGAUAAAUAUAUAGAUCAAGGUAUAGCAGAAUUGGUUCCUGGUGUUCUCUUUAUAGACGAAGUUCAUAUGUUGGAUAUAGAAACAUUUACUUAUCUUCAUCGAGCUCUUGAGAGUGCUAUUGCACCUAUCGUUAUUUUUGCAACAAAUAGAGGACGCUGUGUUAUAAGAGGAACUGAUGAUAUAAUUUCACCACAUGGCAUUCCUUUAGAUUUAUUAGAUCGUUUGGUAAUUAUUCGUACUCUACCAUAUUCAAAACCAGAAUUAGAACAAAUUGUAAAGUUACGAGCAAAUACUGAAGGUUUAGAAAUAGAUCAAGACGCAUUGACAGCUUUGGGAGAAGUAGGAGCAAGAUCAACUCUGCGGUAUGCUGUACAACUUCUAACGCCUGCUGCUUUAACGGCCAAAACAAAUGGACGAAAUAACAUAACACGAGUUGAUGUGGAAGAAGUUAGCAUACUUUUCCUUGAUGCAAAGUCGUCUGCCAAAAUUUUAUCACAAAAUAAAGAUAAAUAUAUGUUGUAAAAUUGUUUUUUUCUUAUACCUUUUCAUUUGUAAU